GUGUUGGUGCGUGUGCAGCGCCUGAAACCUGCCAAGUGCAAGUGUACUUGAAAAAAUUGUGAAGGAACGCAUGCGCAACCCCCAAAUGGCUGCGCUUUUGCUGUUGCGAGGGUUAAUUAAAACAUUAUCAAACGUAGCAGAAAAACAGUGAAAUAUUUUGCAGUUAAAGUGUCACAAAUCUAAGGCAAAAGUAUUGCAGGCUUGCUAAACAACGUUGCAGCGUAAACAGGGACUGAAAAAAACUCAUUAAGGAUCGUACGAUUCGAACAGCCGGUUAUUAAUCUUAGCCACAAGUAAUUCAUCUAGUAUGUGUUCCCAGCAUUACUGCAGCUAAAGCGUGUACUCACUCUGUGCAACAGUAACAGCAACAGCGAUCGAUCGUUUUAAAAAAAUAAUACCAAGCCUAUACAUCCGGUUUUAGAACAUCAUUUUGGCGUUGGGCCAUGGCGAAUCACGCAACAUUCUCAUCUGCUGCAACAACAGGAAUAACUGGGUCUUGGCAGCUGUCAUUCUUGUUGAGUUUACUCAUAUGUAAUCAACUCAAGCUAUCCGCGGCUUCACAAUCCUCGUCACUGGGUGUACACAUUGUGCGUUCUCCCGAAUCAGCAGUGGCGCCCAAAGGUGAUGAGGUUGUUUUUGAGUGCGAAUUAAAUUUGGCUCCCGACCGUUUGGAAUGGCGGUUCCGUCAUACAAGCGCACGUGCCACGGACGCUAUGAACUACAAUUAUCUUCAUGGCGGCGAGGAUGGACACAAUAUUGUAAAUGAAAACCUGACAUCUCGUUUGCGUGUAUUUGUCUCGUCCGAAACUUUGGGUGAUUACCAAUGUGUGGCCUGGGUCGGAUCGGCCGCAAUUGCUUCCACACCCGCACGGCUGACACUCGUAUCCAUAAGCAUCGACAACUCGAACGGUUAUAGUCGCAAUGCAAUACGCUGGAGCGUAGCGCCGAAGAAUUGCAUAUUAAUACGUUGCGGCACAGUGAGCUCGAAUCCGCCAGCGGUGUGGAGCUUCUUCCGCAACGGCGAGAAAGUGCCACAGACCGAGGUGUUGCCCUCAGCAAAUGGUGCGCUCAUACUUAAUACAGUGUCAUCAAAAGAUUCCGGUAACUACACUUGCUCGGCAAUGAACGCCAUCACUGGCGUGGAGGUGAGAUUGCCACAACGCAUAGACUUGCGCGUCGAUUAUAUUGAUCGCACGCCGCCCUACUUUCUUAAUGUGCCAGUGUCACAAGUGACGGCGCGUCCAGGUGAAACAGCCGUACUCGAAUGCCCAGGUGUCGGUUCGCCACCACCGGAAGCCGUUUGGAGUAGCCCGAAUGUAAUUAACAUCUACAACAAUCGAACAAAAGUGUUGCCAUACGGUUUGCAGAUAUCUGAUGUGAUGCCCGAGGAUCAAGGUUCGUACGUGUGUCGCUUAGACAACGGUAUUGCGCCUGCUUUGGUGCAAAUUAUAAAAUUUAUUGUCUUGGAGGCGCCACAAAUACUGCGUGGUCCAGCAAAGACACGAACAAAUGAAGGCGAUCAACUGGAAUUAGAAUGCUCGGCAGCCGGCAAUCCUUUCCCCCAGAUCUAUUGGUUAAUUAAUGGCGAAGACACUUCUUUGGAUAACGAGACCUUUCAUGAAGACCGUCGUUUGGUUAUCCGGCAAGUACAGAAGCGCCAUGCGGGCAUCGUGCAGUGUUUUGCAAAGAACGAAGUGGGCGAGGUAAGCGACGGCAGUUACUUAGAAGUGAACCCGAAGCAAAUACAGGGCGAAGACUCAGCUCCUCUAGGCUCCGUGCCAAUACGCAUGCCUUAUGAGCACACCGGCAACAAAAACAAGGGCAAACGAAAACACAUGAAAAUACCCAACAUGAUUCCUCCCUCGCGUCCCAACGUGACUCGAUUGUCCGACGAUUCGGUAAUGUUGCGCUGGUAUGUGCCAAAGAACGAGGGGCUGCCUAUACAGUUUUUCAAGGUGCAGUAUCGCAUGCUCGGUGACUCGAGCCGCAAAAUACCGCGCGAAAAUUGGCAGACCACAAACGAAGACAUACCAUACGGCAAACGCGACCGUAUUUUUGAAGGCGUAAAGAAUUUCACCUCAUCAGUUUCCGGCUUGAAACCGGACCGAUUCUACCGUUUCCGCAUUAUCGCUGUUUACUCGAACAACGACAAUAAGGAGGGCAACACUUCAGCGAAAUUCUUUUUGCAAAGUAGCGAAGCUUUAGGCCCCACCAAAGCCACACUGCCCGCGCCAGAGCUGUUGCGCGUGGAACCGCUUUCAGAGACUGCAGUUAUGAUACAUUGGACGCUGCCGGCGAAUCCAAUAAACGUGCCGGAUGGUUUUUACGCCUACUACCGGCUCGCCUCUUCAGCAGGCGAAUACCUCAAAGCGACUGUAGACGGUCAACAUACACGUAAAUUUAAGAUCGACUUGUUGGAAGCGGGUACCGCCUACGAGUUCAAGCUGCAGUCCUUUAAUGCACUAGCUGCGUCCGAGUUCAGCGCCAUAUUGCAGGGCAAAACGAAGAAACUGGCAACCACACCAAUGCCUGUGCCAGCAGUCACGCCUGCAAAAACCAAGGAGAACGACAAGCCGAAAUAUCCGAUAGUGGCGGGCAUCGCCGGCUGCGGUAUACUCCUCAUCGUAGCCAUAGUCGCUGCCUUCUUAUGCAUGAAGCGACGCAGCCCGGCGACACCAGAAGAUGAAGACAAACCACAGCUAGACCACAUACAGGCCGAUUUUGUGACACCCUCAGUGCUGGGCGUGGCGGCGCAUCACAAGUCCGGUCACCGUCUCAACGGCGUCAUACCACGCAUGAACAUCACGCCCAAUCCGUUGGCGCAGGAAGCCGACAAGAAUCGCAACAACGUGAUGGAGCUGCGCUUCCUGCCCAACAGCAACAGCAACAGCAGCCACACGGGUCCAAGUCCCAACAAUUCAGCCAGUGCCAGCAAUCUAAACGCGACCCACCCGCAUACCAGCAGCAGCCAUAGUUUACACCUGCAACAAACUGUCGCCAGCAAUGCGGACGAAGCCGAGCACUACACACCGCCACCGCGCUCCUCUUCUUCCUGUGAGACGCUUGAAGCCAGCGAGGGCAUCUUUAAUGCAAUCGACGCCACUUCCCCACUGUCGAAGCCAUUGCCGCCGCUGCCGAACCAGAAGCCUCAUACACACCACAACCAACAGCCGCAGCCGCAGCCGCACCACCAGCCGUCGCAUACAACCCUACCGAAAAUGACCACUAAUAAAGCACAAGCAAGCACCGCGCCAAACGCAGUAAUAACAAAUGCAAAUCAUGCCACUGCUCAUUACAACCACAACACCAAUGCCAUGCAUUUGCACACGAAAUCGAGCUCGUCUCAUUCAUCCACCUCAUCCUUUCAAUCUUUACAUAAUUCACAGGCACAUCUGGGCUCGCAUCAGGGCCUGCACCACGCGCAGCCAUACCAUCCACCGCCGCCUGGCACGCCCACACUAAUGCACAAACGCGGCGACUACAUGCCACACCAUCAUCAUCAUGCCAACGCGUCGGCCGCCGGCCAACAUCCGCCGCCGGUGCCACCACACCAGAACAACAACCACAGCGGCCACCAUAACGCGCACCAUCUGUACCAGCAACAGCAUGCGCAGGCGCAAUCGCCACAGACGCCCUCCAUGGAGCAACAGCGCCGCACAUUGGAGCGCAGCGCGCGCAAUCUGCACUACACGGCGACCGCAGUGCCACCGAAUGCGACGCAGCCACACGACGCGGCCAUGAACAUCGAUGGCCUGCCCACGCGCAUACCGUCGCUGCGCCGCACACGACGCUCCUCCGGUAACACCAACAACAACAACGGCGGCGUUGGUAUACCCAUCGUGCCGGGCAGUCCACGCGUGCAGGGCUCGCCGAUGCCGGCGCGCGCCAUGAUGAAGCGCGGUCGGCUGGGCAGCCACAACGACAACAUGUCCUCGGGCAGUUUGAACAGUAUUGAGGUGUAGGCGGCUUCGUAUAAGUAGUGUUAAGUUCUAGUUUAGUAGGGGAGGCUAGCCAGUAUGCAACUAUCUAGACACAGACAUAGGUCUAGGGGUACCACGGUACUUCAGUGGGUAUUGUUUAAAUUUAAAAUUCGUUAUAUGUAUAACUAAGAAUAAGUCAACUGAUUGCAAUCUUGAUUGACUUAAAUUGUAAAUAUUUAUUGCUAGAACUACAUCAGAUUUUUCUAGACCAGUCUAGGAAACAGUUAGAUCUAAGCACAAUGUAUGGUAUAGGUGUAAGUAAUAUCUCGAAUAUGCAAGUAAGUAACUCGAAAAACUCGAUUAUCUGCAUACUUUUAGGCUGAGUUCCUUAUAGUGCCUUGUUAUGUAACACUUAGUAAUACCACAUAAAGACUUAACGGAACUAACUCCAAUGACAAUUGUAGUUAUAUUAGUUUUGAAUACGAAAUGACAUCCACUAGUAGUAACUUAACUAACUUAAACUAACUAAUUAAUUUGGCGUUAACUCCGUCCUGCAGAGCUAACAAAAAGUAAGAUAAAAUAUAUUGAACAAAAUAAAAGACUUAGAAAUCGCUAUUUGUGAGUCUAGCAGCAUGAAA